AUGAAAAUUAAAAAAAAAAACAGAAGAAAAGUCGAUCUACAUCGACGAGAGAACCCAAGAGCCAGCCAAUGCCGGUUAUGUGAACAAGACGCUGCCGGACUAGAGCCAACCAACACCACUACUGGAGCCGGUGAUGUCGGACAAAAUAUCCGAAAAGUCGGGACGGCUAACUACCGAAAAAUAUUCGGUCGAUGAAACUUAAUGUUUAUGUAAUGAUUAAUAUGUUUCACAAUAAAUAUUAUCAUUUUUGAAUAAAUUUUUGUUUUGAAAUAUUUAUCGUUUUAGGAUUCCAAUAUCGCUUUGAUUAGAAAUAUAUAGUUUGUUCCUUCUUAUAAUCAAUAAACAAGUAAU